CAAUGCCACAACUUCAAGAAACUGCUGCAAAACACACAGCAGCGUCUCGAAGCUCAAUGCUUUCUCUAAGGGACUUGCCCUGCUCGUCCCUCUGCGCGCGCCUCUGUCGCUAUUCCCCGAAAAUGGAAGAAUAGUUCACAUACCGGGUAUGUUUCCAUGAUAACUUUGCUUAUCUAAAGUAAAUAUUUUUAGUAAGAGUCAGUGCUUCAGGACGCCAGUUCAGCAGAGAUCAUUUUCUAGAUGUCGCUGAACAGAUCCCGAUGAUGCUUCCCAGCCCAGUAACGUCAACCCCGUUUUCUGUCAAGGACAUACUAAAGCUGGAGCAGCAGUCUCACCACCAACUGCAAGUGCCCUUACCGGAUUUACAGCAGCAGCAGCAGCAGCAGCGUUUCCACACUCCACCAUCUUGCCUGCUUGGAGGCGCAGAGAGCCCCGGAUUCUCGGACAGCGAGGACAGGAUGGCUUUCCUCAGCGCCCUCUCCGUACAGGACAACCUGGUGGAAAGCAGCCUUUCUCCGCCCAUGUUUGGCCAUCCCGCUCUGGGACACGUCGUAGACGCAAAGUUAGAGGACGACCUCGAAGAGCAGGAAACCAUAGUAGUAGUAAUAGUUCUAUUAUUAUUAUUAUUAUUAUUAUUAUUAUUUUUGCCUCUGUGUGUGUGUGUGUGUGUUGCAGAGAGUUGUGGUGCUGCAGUGAGGUCCCCAGACUGUGAGCUGCCCUCAGACCCAGACAGAUCUCAGAGACAGAGAGCCAGGCGGAAGCCGCGGGUUCUUUUCUCCCAGGCGCAGGUUUUCGAGCUGGAGCGGCGCUUCAAGCAGCAGCGCUAUCUCUCCGCUCCCGAGCGAGAACAUUUGGCGAACACUCUGAAACUCACGUCCACCCAGGUCAAAAUCUGGUUUCAGAAUCGAAGAUACAAAUGCAAGCGCCAGCGUCAAGACAAAAGCCUGGAGAUGGCCGGUCAUCAUCAUCACCAUCCUCCGCCGCCGAGACGCGUGGCGGUACCGGUUUUAGUCCGGGACGGCAAACCUUGUCUUUCUGGAUCACAGAAUUAUAACGCUACCUACGCCGUGGGGUCCAACCCGUACGGGUACAAUGGUUACUCAAGCUAUAAUAAUGCCGCAUAUACAAACGCCUACAAUUGCUCAUAUCCUAGUUUGCCAACACUCCCAGCAAACACAGGCGCCAACCCGUUAAUGUCCAUGAGUUUGAAUAAUCUCGGAGCACACUCCCAGCCACAGCCAUCACAAGGGACUUCCGUUUCAUCGUGCCAAGGACCUCUGCAGGGCAUCCGGGCGUGGUAGUGCCACAACAACCACAUGCCUUCUGUACAGGCUUGAAUAAGAAGCUUCACGCCAAUAGCAAUCUAUGAUAUAUAUUGUAUUGUGACUAUAGCACCACGCUACAGAUCAGCCGGGACACUUUACAUUUGAGAAUGUAGUCUAAAAUAUGUAAUGACGCCAAACCUGUUGAUUGCAUGUAAAUUAAGUUGUUGUUUUUUAUGCUGAAAUCAUUUUGAUUAACAUGAAGUAUUAGUUUUUUGGGGGGGUUGACAUCUCAUGGUAUUGCAAUAUUUCUAAACCUUGCGUAGGACCAAAUGUUAAAUAAAAGUUUGGACGCUGGGGGACGCAUGCACAUCAAAACUAACUUCUUUAUCAAUCACUACAAAACAAUCAAACAAAAAAAACAAAACAACAAAAACCAUUGGAUUUACAGAAUCUACUUUAUUAAAUCAAGCUUAAGUGGACAAAGAUGCAAUGCCUCGGAUUUUACAAUGUUCAGCUAUAGGCUCUCAAAUGAAAGACAAAAUAUUCCAAUUUGAUAUAAUUAGUAAUUAUUCUGUUUCAAACUGAGAAUAAUAUUGUAUGCAGCUCAGUUCGUUUGGGCUCCAUUGUUAUUGCGUUAGUCAAAAUAAAUAUUAAAUCCAGCAGUAUACAGCAUCGUUUGAUGCGCAUUCGAACAUAGAUAUUUGUGAAAAUAUGUUUGAAAACAGAAUAUGGAAUGAAUGAAGGAAUACCAAGCUCCUAGCUGGGGUCAAUGUAUAAUGUUUGCUAUAGGCCUGCCUAAGAUUUUCAGUCAUUUUAAAGGAAAGAAAGAAAGAAAGAAAGAAUAAAAGAAACACAACGUUUCCUGCUCCGCCGCUGCAUGAGAGAAUUAAUUAAAUAAAGCCAGUCAGUAUAUUCGCCCCGAUUUGUUAUUAAAUGAGGUGCACUUUGUUUCCAAGCUUCCAAGAGCUUCCCACUGAUUCAUUUGCGUUUUCACCGAUCGAGCAUGAAGACAGUUGUUGUAUGGGCUAUUUAUGUUGAGAGAGGCCAGGCGCACACGAGGCCUGUUGACGAAAAGCAGAAGCUCGACAUGGAACUUAAACAGACAUAAAGAGUGGACAUUAAUAUCAGCGUUUUGGUAAUUCAGCUGAACUCAACUGUAGCUUUGCAAUGAAUGUGACCUAAUGUGCAGUCAGUUCAUUUACAGAUGUAAAAGUGACACAGUAUUAUCAUUGUUCAUAUACAAGUCAUUAUCUUUGAAAUAAUUGUAAAAGAAUAUUAUUACAAUCAAAAUAUUGUGGAGAUGAUAGAUAGAUAGAUAGAUAGAUAGAUAGAUAGAUAGAUAGAUAGAUAGAUAGAUAGAUAGAUAGAUAGAUAGUAUUUUCAUUUAUUGCAUUUGCACUCCUGACAGUUUUUUUAACGAUAACGAUAAACAUCCAGCUUAGUUAAAACGAACUCCUGCAGACAAAGUGCUACUUGCUUGUUAGCCCAUUACAGCCGCGCCGCGUUUAUCUUGCAGAGGUUAGCCAUUGCCGUGAAGCUUUUAAUGGAGAUUAAUAGAAAUGUAAACAAAGCGUCGAAAAGACCUUGUCUGCGCCGAAAGCAAGGAUGACCACUUCUUCUGACUAGUGCACUACCGGUAGGACAUACCUGGUGUCAGGAUAAGUGGCCUAGGCUCUUGAGUGUAAAUAGCGCUGGCGACAGAGCGGCGAUGCCUCGGGACGCCAGGGCGCGUUCACACACAGUCUCUUCAUGAUUUGUAUCUAUGACUAGAUAGGAGCCCUUCCAUCAGGCUUAGGCUGCGUGGAGUUUCCCUAAACACUGACUUUCUCUGCAGCAUAGUAAUUUAGUGCCAGAUAACAUUUGACCACACUAGGUCUAAGCCAUACUAAAACUGGAAGGCUCUCAUUACAUAUGUUCCAUUAAUAAUUCUAAUAAUAAACUAAAAUUACGAAUCUGUCCAAGUUAGAUAUUUUUAGACAUUUUUAUGGUUUUGUGGAAAAUAGCAGGAUAAAACUAAAGUUAAUGGAUGGACAUAGUAGAGUAACAGAUUUAUUUCAUCGUGCAUUUUAGACACAUGUUAAAAGUCGCUGUGAGUUUAUGCACCUGAUGGCCCACACUUCUAGGCCUUCUUUUUUUCAGUGAGGAAACACCAGCAGCAGAUUGUCACCCCUAAUGUAGUGAUAAGGGUUUACUCUAUUUAAAAGGCACAGAUCAGUGUUUAUUUAGUAGUGAAUUCUGCCGUGAAUGCAAACAGGAGACAAACAUCUCCUUCAAGUCACAGUGUUUAAACUAAGAUAUAGAUAUCUAAUGCGGCUGACUUGAUGUUUCCACAUGUUGAAAAAUCACACCAAAUUAUCUUAUAGGAGUAUAUUACAUAGUCAAGGACCUCAGUGUACGAGUGGGAUUCCUCCAAGUUUUGUGAUGCUCUGCGAUUGUGUUCCGACACUGCCUACCAUGGACACUCGCAUCCAGGACAAUGCGGUUAAUCGAUAUAAAUAAAAUAAAUUAAGUCAAAUCUAUGUUCUGGUUAUGGUUUGGUGGACCACCAAAAAGCAAAUGAACGUGAAAUUUGAAGAAGGUGCACGACGGUAAGAAAAUAAAAUGCGGGUGCAGGAAAAAAGUUUUUUUUAAAUGCAACAUUUUAACUAGAAAUGCAUAGAAAACUGUUUUAAUUAAAAAAUAAGCAAAUACAAUAAUAAUAAUAAUAAU